AUGAGCAGCAAUAUAUCUAAUAAUAAUGUAAUUGAAAGAGCUGUUGACAUAAACACUAUUGCAGAGCCAUCCUCAAAGAAGAGAGAUAAAGAAGUAAAGAAUGAUGAUAAGGUUUUAAAACGAACAAAGACUGAUUCGAAUUAUAAUGAGGAUGAAACAGAUUUGGAUUUGGAUCAGAUAGACUAUAACAAUUGCAAUAUUGACCCAAACAUUGAAUUAUUGGAGAAACAGAUACCA